AAUUCGGAAGAAAGGGCCAGAGCACACGUAGAAAUUAGAGUCCGCUGGCCUCGUGCCCUCACACCCGCCUUGGCGCCUUGCAAGCGGCAACGCCAUCUGCUCCAAGACACUAGAAAAGGGCGCGGCAAUGGCCAUGGCGGCGCUGCGCGAGGCAUCCCGCUGCCUGCGCUUCGCGUCCAGGGGGAGCCCCAGCUCCUCGGCCGCGCGCCCCGUGCUCGUCGCGCGCUCUCGCAGCAUCACCUACAAGCUCUUCGUCGGAGGCCUAUCGCAAUUUGCGACUGAAGACAACCUAGCAGAAGCUUUCUCGCGGUACGGCCAAGUAAUAGAAGCUACGGUUGUAACGGAUAAGGUGACCAACAGACCGAAAGGAUUCGGCUUUGUGAAAUUUGCCUCUGAGGAAGAAGCCAAUAACGCAAGGGAAGAGAUGAACGGCAAGGUACUGAACGGCCGAGUUAUAUAUGUCGACAAUGCAAAGGCCAAACUGGACCGUGCCGCAGAUGCCGGUCCAAUAGCGAGAGGUCCUCCCAAGCCAAUUAGCAACGACUGAUAAACGCCUGAUUUGUGCAUACUUCCUUUUCCCUGUCUCUAUUAUACUACUACCACUCAGAUUCAGAAGCUCUUAGAUAAAAGGUAAUGUGUAAUAAUGUGAUGAAAUUUUGAGUUUUUGCGAGAACAUAAAGAGUCCAGUUAAACAUCCUGGGUACUUAUAACAUGUGCUGCUAUAAGCUUAUAACGCUAUUCACACGAACUGUCUAGUUGAUGUUACGGAUUUCA